CUUCCCUUCCAGGCGUCUUCGCCUGGUUAAUUAGGGCAUCCACCCACUUCGGCCGUUUAUAUACGCUCGUCCUCUUUCCUCCGCCGCUUCCCUCCUUUCGCUGCGGAGAACAAGAAGUAGAUAGAAGAGAGAGAGGAAGAGUGAGGAAGGAAGAGAGGAAGAAGCCGGUGGUGGCAAAAUCAUAAUGGCGGGUAGCGCGGCGGUAGCAGCAGGAGGGAGCUUCCUUGGCCGGACGAGCGUGCGGGUGGCGGUGAUGGGGGAGGGGGGCACGGGCAAGUCCAGCCUCAUCGUUGCCGUAGCCACCGAGUCCUUCCCGGAGAACGUCCCUCAUGUCAUGCCCCCCACCCGCCUCCCUGCCGACUACUACCCCGAUCGCGUCCCCCUCACCAUCAUCGACACCUCCUCCAGGCCGGAGAAUAAGGCGAAACUGAUUGCCGAGUGCAAGGCUGCGGACGCCAUCGUCUUGACGUACGCUUGUGACCGCCCGUCCACCCUUGACCGACUCAGCACCUAUUGGCUUCCUGAGUUACGCCGAUUGGAGGUGAAGGUGCCGGUCAUCGUAGUGGGGUGCAAGCUGGAUCUGCGGGACGAGCAGCAGGUGAGCUUGGAGCAGGUGAUGUCGCCCAUCAUGCAGCAGUAUCGGGAGAUUGAGACUUGUAUCGAAUGUUCUGCCCUCAGGCAGAUCCAGGUCCAAGAAGUAUUUUAUUAUGCUCAGAAAGCUGUGCUUCAUCCAACUGCCCCGCUCUUUGAUCAGGAGACACAAUCAUUGAAGCCUCGUUGUGUUAGGGCCUUGAAACGGAUCUUUAUCCUAUGCGACCAUGAUAGAGAUGGUGCUCUCAGCGAUUCUGAGUUGAAUGAUUUCCAGGUUAGAUGCUUUAAUGCUCCUCUCCAGCAAACUGAGAUUGCAGGUGUCAAGAAGGUUGUCCAAGAGAAGUUGCCUGAAGGUGUUAAUGACCAUGGGCUUACAUUAACUGGAUUCCUUUUUCUACAUGCUCUAUUUAUAGAAAAAGGUCGUCUAGAAACAACUUGGACGGUGUUAAGGAAAUUUGGUUAUGAUAAUGAUAUUAAACUCAGAGAUGAUCUUCUUCCAACAACUUUUAAGCGUGCUUCAGAUCAGACUGUGGAGCUGACAAAUGAAUCUGUGGACUUUUUGAAGGGAGUCUUCCUCAUGUUUGACAUUGACAGUGAUGGAGCUCUACGACCUGCUGAACUUGAUGAUCUUUUUUCGACUGCACCUGAAAGCCCUUGGUCUGAAGCUCCUUACAAAGAUGCUGCAGAGAAGAAUGUUUUAGGAGGAUUGUCACUUGAAGGAUUUCUUUCAGAGUGGGCUCUCAUGACGCUUCAAGAUCCAGCAGCUAGUCUGGCUAAUCUGAUAUACAUUGGAUACACUGGUGAUCCUGCAUCAGCAUUUCAUAUAACAAGAAAAAGGAGGUUAGAUCGCAAAAAGCAGCAAACCCAGAGAAAUGUUUUCCAGUGUCUUGUCUUUGGUCCUAGAAAUGCAGGGAAGACCACAUUGUUAAAUUCAUUUAUUGGAAGAACAUUCUCCGAGAAGUAUACUCCAACAAUGUCUGACCGGUUUGCCACAAAUGUUGUUGAACUUCAUAAUGGUGAGAAAAAGACACUUGUGAUGCGAGAGAUUCCAGAAACUGAAGUCAAGAACCUCCUUUCUAAUAAGGAGUCUUUAGCAGCCUGCGACAUAGCUGUAUUUGUUCAUGACAGUUCUGAUGAAGAAUCGUGGAAGAGGACAAAGGAGUUGCUUGUGCAAGUUGCUUCUCAUGGGGAAAAUACUGGCUUUGAAGUUCCUUGCCUUAUUAUUUCUGCCAAGGAUGACCUUGAUCCAUAUCCCUUGGCUGUACAAGAUUCAACAAGGGUAAGCCAGGAUAUGGGGAUUGAGACACCUAUACCCAUCAGUGUGAAAUUAAGAGAUCACAAUGAUGUAUUCUGCCGGAUAGUUAGUGCUGCACAACAGCCCCAUCUGAGCAUUCCUGAAACUGAAGCUGGCAAAAGCCGCAAGCAUUAUCGCCGUCUUGUUAAUCGUUCUCUUAUGUUUGUCUCAGUUGGAGCUGCUGUAGCAGUUGUAGGACUUGGUGCUUAUCGAAUUUAUGCAGCAAGAAAGAACACAUCAGCUUGAGGUCACUGGUUAUUGUUUUAAAAAACUUGGAAAUAAUGGAGAAAGGCAGUAGUGCCUUGGGUGUCUUCUGGAGCUUUUCUCUUUGCCAUCCUUUUGGUCUAGUUGUACAGGGACAUUGCUACUCUUGGUGGCCUUGGCAAAAAGUUAUGGUUAUUGUGCUCCCUUGUAGUUUUCUACUGAGUUUGUGCCUUUUAAGUGUGUGUGUGUGUGUUUUUUUUUUAUGAAGGCCCAACCUAGUUUCCCGAUAUGAUGCUUUAAUCCCCAGCAUUCUAUAUUAUAAUGCCACUUUCAGAUUACAGUA